GAUCCACACGGGAUAUUUUAAUUGGAUCAUCAUCGUCGUUAGUCCGUCCUCAUCCGUGUGCCAUUAACGGUGGCCUCCAUCGUCAAGCUGCCAACGUCUACAGGACGAGACAGAGAGAGAGAGAGAGAGAGAGAGAGAGAGAGAGGUGGCCAUGGAGGUGGAAGCGGCGCGUCGGAGCAAGCGGCCGCCGUGGAGUCGCACGGUGGCCGUGCAGGUGGCGCUCUGCGUCGCGAUGUACGCGGCCUUCAGCCUCGGCGAGCCACGCUUCCACCGGAAUCGGGGCCGCGGCGGUGGCGGCGGCGUGGAGGCUUCGCUGGGUCGUGGCGGACGCGGCGGCGUCUCCUUCCUCAGCGUCGCCGGCGGCGCGCGGCCGGCCGCCGAGCAGGCCCGCCUCCUACGGCAGAUGGAGAGCAUAGCAAAGGCCUAUAAAGUCAAGUUUGUGGUGGAUGUUGCUCAGCUAGGGGAGGAAGACCCACUUUGGCAAAAUGGUUCCCUGUACUUCCAGGCUCUGAAGAUCCCCUGGUAUUCCACUACAUCAUCCCAUGGACAGAUCAUUGGUAAUUUUCUGAAGAGAGUGAUGAUGCCAUAUGAUCAAAGUCUAGAAAUUAUUGGUAUGGACACAGGGUCUUUACAGGAACCUAUUCAUGAUGGGAAAAUAAGAGCUUCUAGUAGGGAACAAAUUAAAUGGCUAGAGCAAUCAAUAGCGGCAACCAGCAGUAACUGGAAAAUAGUUGUUGGAUAUGAUCCAUUCUUUGUUUGUGCUGAGGCGCACACACUGGAAACAACAAAGUUGUAUGAGCCUCUUCAGCGUAUUUUUGCAAAAUAUGGAGUGAAUGCAUAUAUUAGCACGGGAGGUCAUUGUGGUUACUUCCGUCAAGACAAUUCAAUGCUGUAUAUUGGAAAUCCCAGCCCUGAUGACCUUACAAGCUCAGAUGGUUUCCUCCUGCAUAUAGUCAACCUUCUUGAGAUGGAGUCCCUUUUGAUAAAUUUAGAAGGCAAGGUGGUUGAAAGAUUUGUAGUAAAUCAUCAUCGACUAGAAGCCUUGUAAAUUGUAUGCCUUCAAAUUUCUAGCUCAUGAUCUCAGCAUUCCUGGAUUAAAUCUUGCCAGUAUAUCACAAACCACACAGAUUCGUAUUGAAUUGCAUCCGAUUUGUAUUUGCUAUCUCUUUAGGCGUUCAGAUUCUGUAGCAAAUUCAGUCUUUUUUCCGUCAAUUGCAAAUAAUCCUUUUCAGAGUAUUGGUUUAUCACAGUUUUGUCUGGCUGGCACUACUGUAUAUCCUGGCUAA